AUGGGAAUGGUUGUGGUAAUUUCUCUUCCUUUAAUCUUCUUCUGCUUUGUUCUUGGUUUUGGUUGUUACUUCUUUGGCAGAGCUAGAGGAAGACGUGAAGUGUUCACUAAUCCUCAAGUUUAUGGUAUGCCAAUUCCACCACCAGGUGCUACCUUACCUGAGUCACAUUCCAAACCAAACUUUGCUUCCAAUGUUUGA